AUGAAGGCCACGCUCUUUUCUUUAUGUGCGUACCAGCUACUGGCCCCGGGUAUUGCCUUUUUCCCGACAUCUUCGGCCAUUUCUAAGAGUUCUCCUGCACUUGUUCUCAUGGAAAACAGUAACAUUGUGGAUAUGGAAAAAGAAGUCAUGGCUUCUGCUCGGCUAAAGAUGGAUAAGAAGCGGGUAGUAAGUGCGUUGGAUAAAGAUAAGGCAUCAAAGGAAGAUCCUCAGAAGACAGCUUUGCUGGCAUCCACAUGGCAAAUAUCAGCAGCUGCCGGGAUCAGUGCCUUUAUUGGCUGCGAGUGUGUCACCCACUCAAACUUUCUCUCAGUUCUGGUUCUGACUGCGGCUGUCUUCUCCGCAUGGCGUGAUCCUGUGGAUGACGAAGGCUUACUUGGAGCGAUAUCGAGACUCUUGGGACGAGCAACGAUACAGACUGUGGAAUCUUCCAAGCCCAGAUUGCAACGGAUAGCCAGAGCUGCCAUUAUGGACGAUGGGGACGAAGAUUACUUCAAGACUACAGCUGGUAGGCAAACAUUGGCUGACCCUAGAUUGGCACAAUAUAUUGAAGAUCUUGAGAAAGAUAAUACAAGUUUGUCAUUGUGGAAGGAACGACGCGAGUUGGUGGAUCAGUAUUUAUCCUAUUACUCACUAGAUGAUCUGCAAUCCAAAGCUCGAGAACGUGGAAUUGACACCAAUUGUAGAAAAGCUCAACUGAUGAUGAAACUUGUAGAAGCGGAUAUCAUUCAACUACAUUGA